AUGGUGGAAGCAGCGGGGCCUCUCCGGCGAAGGGGCGGCACCAUGGAGGAGGUGCAGAUGGAGGAGGCAUUCAUCUUCUCUGAAACAAUCAAGGAUCUCAAGGCUCUGCGGCCGCAACUGUAUUCUGCAGCAGAGUAUUUCGAGCUAGCCUACACACAGGAAGGCGGGAAGCAGGCGGUGAUGACCAACCUCAAGGAGUAUGCUGUGAAGGCCCUCGUCAACACCGUAGAUCACCUAGGGUCCAUAUCCUUCAAAGUCUCCAGCCUUGUCGAUCAAAGGUUCGACGAGGUGGCCGAAGCCAAUCUGCGGGUCUCCUGCAUCCAGCAGAGAGCUCAAGCGAUCCAAGCAUGCGUGAACAGAGAAGGCCUGACGCAGCAAUCCUUGGUGAUCGCCGCUCCAAAGUAUCACAAGAGGUACAUCUUACCAGGAGAUGGCUCAGUUCCCAAUGCCGUGCCCAACUUCAGCGAGAUGAAUAAGGUCAAGAGCAGGACUACACAGAUGCAUCAGGCCUUCCGCGCAGCAGCAUCUGCAGCUCAAACGAAAAGCAAAGACAAGCAAGCUUCAUUUCGCAAGCUCCGGUCGAUUGCCCGAGCACCUUCUCAGAGCGCACGUUCAUCCUCUCCAGCACAGCAUCCGCGCUUCAUGCCGCCUUCUGAUACUGCAAUACCCACCAAUAGAGAUAAAAGAUCGGAUUCACCAAUUUAUUCGACAACUCCACUCACAAGGUCUGGGUCACUCUCAAAGAAGUCAUCCUUGCUCAAGACAUCAAGUGUUAGGGUGCAGAUGCAGACAGCUUCAGAUCCCAAGAGAUUGGUGCCGCUGCGGUCAUACGCUGAUAGGUACAAUGAUGAUUCCAAGGAAAGCGAGCAGACUCUGAAGAAGAGCAAGAAAUUCCUCAAGUCUCUGCUCAGUAGGCGCAGACGGUGCAAGGUGAGCCCUGGCCCUGGAAAUGACUUGAAUUAUUAUUAUUAUUUGCUCGAGAGCUAG